AUGCACUCGAACUCCCGGUAUGGUCAAGAAGCGAAGGAAUUCACGGUAAUGCCCUUGAAGACAAUAGAUUUUCUCCCGCACCUUCAUCCACGUGAACUUCUUUUGCAUAAGGGAACUGAGGACGGGAGCCUUGUCGAUGUCAUCUGUUUCAGCACACAGCUGAAAAAAGAGGCGAUAGCAAACCUUCUCCUCGAGCUCGGUCCAUCCCUCCAACUGGAAGCCGCGCGCAAUGUUCUCCAGGCUCGUCAUCCGAUCCAUGAGACUGAUGCAAGGACCUCGUGGGUGGGAUGUCCCAGCCAGAAAGCAAACAUUGGAGGCCGGGGCAGAAGCAGAAGGAAGGACUGGAAAGCAAAGCCUACUUUCGCCGCAGUGGCGCAGUCACCCCGCUCCUGUCGGCACUGUGCCUCACGGACGUCCACAGCUACACCUCCAUCAUCUGCCGCAUCGCUGCCGGAAAUGGUGAGCUCUGAGCCUCCACCGUUGAACUCGCCGCCUCUGAGCUCCUCCUCCACCGCGAAGUUCUGCCGCAGACCGGCCGCCGCUGCAAUUAUCCAACCAUUGAAAAUCGCCGCCUGUCCCGUCGGCCACCUCCGCCAAUAUCCGCGACGAGCGAGUCCGGCCGAAACUCCUCCCUGCUCUGCCAUCGUGUCCGGCGUCGUCGGAGGGUCCUUCGUGACCGGCGUCCUUUGUGUCCGGCGACGCAAGAAUCUCGAGACCAGAGACUCCGAUUCAAGUGACGAAAAUCUGGCCGACACCGAGUUGAGCCGUCUGUGCGGGACCAGCGACUGGCGGCCGUUGACCAAGGCGAGGAACUGGCAGAGAUUUUCGGUUAAGUGGCAGAGUGGUGGUUGUCGCGGAGGCAUCUCGCAGGAAUCUUAG